AUGCCUCAUAUUCUUCUUUCUCUGGUCAUCCUCCUCCUCCUCCUCUCUCUUGAGUGUGAUACCUGUAAGCUAACUGAGUUGUCAGAGGCGAGACUCGCUAUCUUUCACUAUAGAACGACGUCCACUUGGCUUGAGUUUCAAUGUUUCUCAACUGUCAGGUUCCCAUUGGCCUACUGGGCUUUACAGCUGGUUUCUUGCGAUGAUUGUCAACCUAGGCAAUCUGUGGUGAUCAAUGGAACCUCUCCAGGACCCCUGUUGACAUUCCAAGAAGGUCAACAUUACUGGGUUAGGGUUUACAACGAUCUGCCUGACCAAAAUACCACAGUGCAUUUCCACGGGUUCUCUCAGUAUGCUAGUCCGUUCAGCGAUGGAACGCCUCAAGCUAGUGGAUGGCCUAUACCUCCCGGAGAUUUCUACGAUUACGAGUUUCAACUGGAGUACGGUUUCUACGGGACAUACUGGUAUCAUUCCCAUGUUCAGAACCAAGUUGGAACUGCUCAAGGACCUGUCAUUGUCGAACAAGUCAACAAAACAGACUGUCCUGUAGAGUAUGACGAAGAGAUCGUCAUGAUGAUUUCGGAUUACUACCAUGCAACGGACGACGUCAUCAUCGCCGGUCUCCUCAAUACCACCGUUUUCGGCUGGCUGGGUGAACCGCAGAGCUUACUGGUCAAUGGGAAUGCUCAAGGCGUAUGUAAUGCUUCCGUUUUACUCCCGGGCCAGACUUGCGGCACUGGUUGUGGGAACAACAAGCAGCUGGUGAAACCUAGUACACGAUAUAGGGUUAGGAUCAUUUCUUCUACCAGUCUGAGCUAUGUGGGAUUGGCACUUGAAGGACACAACAUGACUGUUUUCGAAGUUGACGGGACUUACGUGGAGCCUCUUCCCGUGACGAGUUUGGAGAUGGGAGUUGGUCAGAGAUACUCGGUGUUGAUUGAGACUAUGGACAAUCCUACCCAAAGCGACUGGUAUUGGCGUCUGAGAACCAUGUGGCGUCCUACCCGUGUCAAUGGCUCAGCAGUGUGGUCAUAUGACUCCUCUGCAACUUCCGAUUCCUUCACUCGGAAUUCUAUCAGUCAAGAGCCCACUCCGGUCGGUCUAAAUGAAACCGUCCCUCUGCCUGAUGAGGUUUUUGGAUGGGUAUCUGGGGACUUCAAACAAUGGAAUCAAUCCGAAUACCCUCCCUCCGAUGAAGAAGUAACACGAAUCAUUAUUUUGAACGCUCAACAAAUGGUCGAUAUGCAAGGAUUCCGAUGGUCGAUCAAUGGACAAUUGAACAAUUCAACUUUGCCAAAUGUGCCGUAUUUAAUACAACUCUACAAUGAAACAGAGGACAAACGAAUGCCGAAUUAUACUACGGCUUUGCAAAAUGGAGGUUAUGAUAUUGGGUCCAAUACUUAUCCCGCGAAAUUGGGAGAGGUAUUGGAUAUUGUGAUACAAAAUCGAGCAGGACCCACGUCUGGAAUGGUGGAGGCACAUCCAUUUCACACCCAUGGUGCUAAGUAUUGGGAUAUGGGCUACGGACCUGGUAACUUCUCUUACACCGCUCUGAACACAUCUAGAGCCAGUAUGAAAGGCUCACCGUAUCUUCGAGACACGAGUGUGGUUUAUUCCGGACCUGGAGAGAGUUACAAUAGUUCCGUCAUUGAUGAUGAUGGUCCGGGCGGAUGGCGUUUGUUCAGGAUCAAAGUGUCGGAUCCAGGAGCAUGGUUGAUUCACUGUCAUAUCACCGCUCAUCAAAUCAUGGGUAUGCAAGCUUUGUUCAUGUAUGGUGCGGAAGAUCUUCCGGCCAUACCAGAUAGUCUAUUGGCGGAGUAUUUGACAUAUGGCGGAGGUUCCGAUAGCUUUGAUUCGCAUACAUACGUCCCGACGAGUUAUUUUGAGACUAUGGCUAGUUUGAGGAUCAGGGACAAGGGGGAAGUGGAUGGAUGA